AUGUCGACAAUCUCUUAUACUAAUCAAAUACCAUUGCAACAAACAAAUGCACCACCACCACCACCACCACAAAGAUAUAUGAAUUCACGUCGUCGUGGUGGUGUUUUUGGGGACAGCCAGUUCAAUUACAGGAGGAGCAAUCAAUAUAGUUAUAGGGGCAACCCAUAUAAUUAUCGAAAUUAUCCGAAUAGAGGCAAUCUAUACAAUCAAAAACAUUUUUAUCAUCGAAAUAUUUAUUAUAAUCGAAAUUAUCAACCACAGCGUUAUUAUAAUGGCUAUAAUGGUGGUGGCUAUAGUAUUAUAAGUCGGUCAACACCACGACAAGGAAGAUUUUAUCAGAGACCAAUUAGAAGAAUAAAUCAAAAUCGACCAGAAAGUCAUUUCAAUCGACCAAGAAGUCGUUCAAAUCAACGAAGAAGUCGUUCAAACCAACAAGGAAUGAGUCAAUUAAGACAACAACGUACACGUGGUCCAAGACGUCGUCAAGAUCGAAAUCGACAACAACAACAAAGUCAUCGAAAUAAAUUUGUUCAAAAUAAUCGAUUUGCUCCACUUGUUGAUAUACAAGAUAUUGAUCAAAAUGAAAUUGAUUUAACUGAUGAAGAGUCAGCACAAUAUAAUACAAAUAAUAAAAAGAAUAAGAAACUAAAGAAAACGCGACUUUAUCUUGAACCAAAUAGAAUGUUAAGCAACGAAGAAAUAUUAUUAUUUGGAGUUGCUGUUGAUUCUGUUUGAUCAAAAGCAAAAGAAUUUCUUCCUCUUAUCUCUCAUCUUCGUCAAGUUGAUUCCACCUUCAUCUUUUGUGUAAAAAAAGACAAAUAUCAACAUCUUAUUGAUAAAUAUUCAAAAAUCGUUGGUAUUUAUUCUUGUCUUGAUGAGUUAUGUUCAUCUAUUCGACAAGAAAUCAAUCUUUGUAAUAAACAACUAGAAGCAUUCCGUAUCUUUGAUCAUCAUCAACAAUUAACAAAAGAUCUGUUAAAACAAUCAGGUGAAUUUCUUUGGUUGCAGCUCUUUCAUUAUAUAAUUAUUCGUCUUCCACGAGAUCAACAAGCAAAAAAACAAAUGAUCGAUAUUUGUCGAGAUUAUUAUCGUGGAAAUAGCGACGAAUUGAAAUCAAUUGAUAAAUUUGAACGAGAAUAUCGUCCAGAAGAUGCUAUUCAUUGGUAUUCAAAACAAUCAUUUAUCUACAGAAUGAUCAAUAAAGCAUUGAGAACUGAAGAUCUUGAUCAAUUACAAACAUUUCGAUUUUUCAUUGGUGAUCUUUCACAAAGUCUUUCAUAUGAACAUCAAAAGAUUCUUUCAUCUGAUGAAACUAUCUUAACUGUUUAUCGAGGAACGAAAUUAAAUGAAGACGAAUUUGAAAAACUCAAAGAAAAUCAAGGAAAAAUCAUUACAACAAAUGGAUAUUUAUCAACUAGUCGACAUCGACAGCUAGCUAUCAACUUUUUUAUGAAACCAACUAAAAGAACUGGUGUUAUUCCUCUUCUCUUUCAGAUUCAAUGUCAUAUUCAACACAUUGGUAAAAGUAUUAUCUAUGCUGAUAUUGCUAAAUUUAGUGAUUAUCCUGAUGAAGAAGAGGUUCUUUUUGAUCUCAAUGCUGCAUUUCGAUUAGAUUCAAUCGAAAAAGAAGGAUACAUACAACUGAUUAAAAUGACUUUAUCGAAUGAAGGAGAAAAAAUCACCAGAAAUUAUAUCGAACUAACACAAAAAGAAACAGAAGAAAUGAGUGUUGCAAUUGUAUUUGGAAGAUUAAUGUAUAAUCUUGGUCAAUAUGAAAAAUCACAAAAAUAUUUUCAAGAACUCUUAAAUAAUCCAAAUGGUGAAGAUAUUCCUUGGAUUCAAUAUAAUAUUGGACGAGUUCUUCAGUUUAAAGGUCAAUGGAAUGAAGCAAGAGAAUAUUAUCAACAGGCUUAUCAUCGAAUGAUCGAUUCAAUACCACCAAGAAUCAAAGAUGCAGCACAUGUUAUCAAUAGUAUCGGUAUUAUGCUAUAUCAACAUGGAAAAUACAAUCAAGCUCUGGAUUAUCAUCAACAAGUAUUGAAAAUCUAUGAUAAACUCUAUCCAGCCGGACAUGUCGACGUUACUCGAACCCUUAACAAUAUCGGCUGCAUUCUCAAUGAUCAAGGCAACUAUGAUCAAGCUCUCGACUAUCAUCACCGAGCACUAGAAAUGCGUGAAAAAUUCUAUCCAUUUGGUCAUGUUGACAUUGCUCGAACCUUAAAUAGCAUUGCCGUUGUUUACAAGAACCAAGGCAAGUAUGAUCAAGCUCUCGAUUAUCAUCAACGAUCACUGAGAAUACGCGAGAAAUUUUAUCCAUUUGAUCAUGUUGACAUUGCUCAUAGCCUCAAUAACAUCGGCACCAUUUUCAAAGAUCAAGGAAAGUACGAUGAAGCCCUGGAAUACUAUGAAAGAUCAUUAAAAAUACGUGAGAAAUUCUAUCAAUUUAGUCAUGUCGAUAUCGGUCGAAGUUUAGAUAACAUUGGACUAUGUUAUGAGCAUAAUAACCAGAAAAAUAUGGCAAUGGACUAUUAUCAACGAGCAUUGACCAUCUAUGAGAAAUUUCUUCCUCUUGAACAUCCAUAUCGAGUCAAAACUGUCUGCAAUAUUCACAGAAUUUCUGAAAAAGCUGAAACUAUAUGA